AUGCACAGAGGAGGAGUCCCAGAUGAACUUUUUGCUCCUAUACGAGGGGCUUUCAACUCUUGGUUUCGGAUAAAGUUCAAGGAUGGAGGUUCGGCUGUCAUCAGGUUUCCGUGCCCUGGUGCUCCGGUAUUUCCAGAAGGAAAAGUCAAGCGAGACAUAGCUGUCGUGCGUUUUCUUGAACACUUUUCUAAUAUUCGCGUGCCUCACAUCCUACACUCUGGAAUGACCGAGGAAAGUCCAUGUGGUUUGGGCCCUUUUAUUAUCAUGGAAUAUAUCAAUCAUGAGCAUGAUUUUAUUGACGCACUCAAUAUAUCUCCUCGUUCGCACCAAGAGAGACCCAUCUUGAACCCGAAUAUCUCAUCAGAAAGAUUGGAAUUAGUCUGUAGUCAAAUGGCGGACAUCCUAGUACAAUUAUCUAGGCCUUGUUUCUCAAAAAUUGGAUGUAUCUCUAAGGCCAAAGAGGAUGACGAAUGGGUGCUCGGGGGCGUUCCGGCAGACCUUCUACCUCAGCAUACAUUCAAAACCGCCUCAUCAUAUUACGAGUCACUGGCCGAGAUGUAUAUGGCGCAUUGUGAUGAUUUUCGCCCGGGAAAUGUACUUGCAAAUGCCGACUAUCAGAUGACCGGUGCGCUGGAUUGGGAAUAUACAUAUGCUGCACCUACAGGCUUUGCGUAUAGCCCUCCGUUCCGGUUGAUACUGGAGCUUCCAGAAUUUAGGGCCGAGUUUCUAGAUAUCUGGACAGAAAAAUUACGAAAGAGUCCUGCCAAUAUUUCUACAAGCACUAAGAAAGAGAGAGCAGGAGGUUGGGAAACAGGUGACUUGUGGUUGAAUUAUGCGGCUAGGAAGAGCUGGGCGUGUGAUACGAUCUAUUGGGCGAAGAUUGACCAGAGGUUCUUUGGUGAGAGUGACUCGGAGGAUCGUCUGAUGCUUUUGAUGGAAAGCAGAAGGGAAGAAAUGAAUGCGUCUGUGCAGAGGAAGUUAAGAGAAAAAGAAGUUAUUCGGUUCAGGAUGUCCUCCAACGUCGGCCUCUCCACCCCGCGUGGUAGCGGAACAUCAGGCUACGUUCAACGCAACAGCGCCUUUCUCAAACCCCGAAACGCAGGUUACGGCGCCCCAUACCCUCCAGUAUCCUCAGCAGACGAUAAAGGACCAUCAAGUUUCCGACAACGCAAACCCGAUCAACAAAUUCUGGAUCAUGACCGGAAACGCGCGAUUGAAGUUCGAGUGUUAGAAGAACGGGAAAGACUCGAGGACGAGAAUGAGGAGCUUCAAAAAACUAAAGAGACCCCGUUGACGGAGGAGGAAAUUGAUGAGAAGUGUGAUGCGUUGAGGACGAGGUUGUUGAAGGAGUUGGAGGAUGGUGAGAAAUCUUCUGCAGCGGGGGAUUAUCGAAGACAGCAGCAACGUAGUGCGGCGGGCAGAUCAUACGAUAAAGACAGGAGACAGUUUAAGAGUUAUCAGGUUCAUGAAUUGGCGGAGGCGAAGAUAGAGGAGAGUGAGAGGUUGAGAAAGGCUUUGGGGAUUAAAGAGGAUUGGGAGAAGAAGGAUACGACCUCGACAGCGAAAGAUACGGAGAAGUUGACAACGAGGGAGGAUGGGGAUGUUGGCCGUGAUAGAGAGAGAGAUGAGAGGAGUCGUCGUCGAAGAUACUCCUAA